AUGCUGGAACGUUUCCUGCAUCAGAAUGGCCUCAGGAACAUCUUCGAGCGGGAUGCUGCAGGGUGGCCGCCCAUUUGCUUUGCAGCGAUGAGCAACAACGUCGUUGUGCUGGAAGCGCUUCUUGACCGAAAGGUGGAUAUCAACCAGGCUACGACCAAGCCCGCAACAGAAGUCAAUCUUCCUGCUAAGCUGACGGCUCUGGGAAUAGCUUCCUUAAUGCGCAACAAUGAAGCUGUCGAGCUGCUUCUGUGCGCCCGGGCCCACGUGAACUACAAGGACGGUUAUGGUGGCAAUGCUCUCCAUAUCGCGUGUGCCGGGGACAAUCCACACGCAGUACGACUACUCUGCCAUGCUCGUGCCAACGUGAAUCAGCAGUGCAUGCCAGGAAGUAGCCCUCUUAUGCUCUCGUGUGCAUGCGGAAGUCGGCGUGCCAUGAAGGAGAUGCUCACUCUGAAUCCAGAUUUGAGUUUGCGACAUUGCCUCCACGUCGCACUCAUGUUCGCUGGAGGCGGCUCUGCCGACUUGGUUUCCGUCUUGCUCGAGGCUCGGGCGAAUGUGAAUGAACAGUUCCGAGUAGACAUCCGGGAGCCCGGUUGGUGGCUUCUGAUGAAUGGCAUGGGUGUGAGGCAUCGGGUAAGCCCUUCCAGACUGACUCUGCUGGCUUAUCAUCAUUACGAUGCUACGCCGCUGAUGUUCAGCAUUCUGAGUGGUUCUCUGGAUUCUGUGUCCUCCCUGCUGUCAGCUCGAGCCCGGGUAGACAUCCAAAAUUACCGCAAGAGCACGGCAUCCGAUCUGGCACGCCAGAUGCUCGCGCCAUCGUGGUUGAUCGAGGCCUGUUCUACUAAAGGCGAGCAAGACACCGAGACCCUUGCCGAGAGCGACAUGUUUUCCAUUUGA